AGUUGAACGCAAACAGCCGCGCUGACGCACAUAUAUUCAAUACACGACACAGAGCCAGUGGGCAGUGAUACACAUGCAAGCGCUGUAUAUAUCUAUACACGAGAUCCAUUUUCGUAUACGCUCGCGGAUCAGCUGAUCAGCAUCGAAUGAUAAUAACAGCCAAGAUGUGUAUUUAUGGUAAAAUUCUUUUGCGCCUUUUGUUAUGCGCAUAAGAGAGAAAUUUCGCGCUUCCAGUGGUUUACUAUUGGCAAUUAAAUCGGUAAUAUAAUUGCAGAAGAAAAGUUCGAUCGUUGCAAUAUAAAUUGAAAAACUCAAUUAUAUUUAUUCAAAAUGAGGAGAAAACCAGGAGUUGGAGCAAUUCAUAAACAGAAAUAUGAACAAGAAAGAUACAGGGAUAAGGGAACAGAACUCCAAGAGAAUCAGUUUGAGCAGAUGACUAAGCAAUUGGAAACUUUUCGAAUAAAUUUGGAAGAGUUCGCUUCAAAGCACAAGAAUGAAAUAAAAAAGAAUGCACAAUUUAGGCGACAGUUUACAGAGAUGUGUGCAUCAAUUGGAGUUGAUCCUUUGGCAUCAGGGAAAGGAUUUUGGUCAGUUUUAGGAAUUGGUGACUUCUAUUAUGAACUUGCAGUUCAGAUUGUGGAAGUCUGUCUUGCAACAAACUACAAAAAUGGAGGCUUGAUAUCAUUGGAUGAGCUUAGGGAUCGCUUAGUUCGAGCAAGGGGUCGUCGCCAAGAGCAUCAAGAGAUAACAAACGAGGACCUGUUAGCAUCAGCUAAGAAACUUAAGAUACUGGGUAAUGGAUUUUCGGUUGUGCCUAUUAGCAAAGGAAAAUAUUUAGUGCAAUCUAUUCCUGGAGAAUUGAGCAUGGACCACACAGCAGUUUUGCAACAAACCAGUAAUGCUGGAAAUGCAUUUAUAUCUAAAUCAUUAUUACAAAAAGAAUUGAAGUGGGAAGGUGAACGAGCACAGAAAGCAUUAGACCACAUGGUUAAAGAAGGAUUGGCCUGGAUAGAUAAUCAAAAUGAAGAAGAACCACUGUAUUGGUUUCCAAGUUUGUUUACAGCUUGCAUUGCUUCAAAAACAUAGGAAUUAAUAUAGGUAUUUGGUGAUAAUUCUAUUAUUUUUUUUUUUCAACUUUCUUCUAACUUCUUUUUGAUUAUUAUUUUUGAAUGACUUGGACUUUUUUAAAUUCUUCAGUUCCUAAAAUUUUCAAGUCAAGGUAUGCAAUUCCUAAACUAGAGGGAUACUUUUGAAAUGAGACAAAAAUAUAUGUAAUCGUAAGAAACUAUAUAUUAUCAUUAAAAAUAUUGUUUCACAUAACAAAGUAUGUAUUUUUUAAAUAAAUUAAAUGACUGUUUUAAUA